GGCAGGCCCCGGCCUCAUAGCUCCGGCGGCGAGCUGUGCAGGUUAGCGCUCGAUGACCGCGAGCCUGCACCGAGGCCGCGCUCGCCCUUAGGACUCCUUGGCGCCCAGACGAUACCAAGAAAACCAGAUGGCAUCCGGAGAUUUCUGCUCACCUGGAGAAGGCGUGGAGAUACUACAGCAAGUGUGUGACAAGCAGUUUCCUCCAUGUGCCCUGACAGAGGAGGAUCUCAUAAAGAAUCCAUAUUUCAGCAAGCUCUUGCUCAGUCUGUCCCAGCACGUGGAUGAGAGUGGCCUAAGCCUCGCGCUGGCCAAGGAGCAGGCUCAGGCGUGGAGUGAAGUUCGGCUUCGUAAGACAGAAUGGCUGAGGUAUGAGAUCUUACAGAGAGUUAUCCAAGAGCUGCUCGUGGACUACUACGUAAAGGCCAAAGACACAAACCUAACCUCCAAAGACAAAAAGUUUCAUGAGACCCUUGAACAACGGCUGCUUGUAACUGAGCUGACACAACUCUCAGGUCCUGGGCAGGAGACGGAGAGGCCCCCACUGCUAGGGCUGGAGAAGGCUGACCUUCUGGAGCUCAUGCCACCCUCGCAGGAUUUUGUGUGGAUGAAGGCUCGGCUCCAGCUGGAGGUGGAGGAACAGCUCAAGAGGAAAUGCUUCACUCUGCUGUGCUACCAUGACCCCAGUUCAGAUUCUGAUGGAGACAAGCUGAAAGCAGCGAAGGUGUGGACACUGACCAAGGUCCUGGUAAGGGAGAAGCAGCAGUGCCUGGAGGCCAAGGGCCAGCAGAAGGAGCAGCUGGUACUUCUGGAGAAGAAGAGGGCCACCUACUCCCAGGUGCUUCUCCGCUGCCUCAGUUUGCUGCAGAGGCUUCUUCAGGAGCACCGGCUGAAAACUCAGUCUGAGCUAGACCGCAUCAAUGCCCAGUACCUGGAGAUCAAAUGCAACGCUAUGAUCCUUAAGUUGAGGAUGGAAGAGUUGAAGAUCUUGUCUGACACUUAUAGCGCUGAGAAAGUGGAAGUCCAUCGCCUAAUUAGGGACCGUUUGGAGGGAGCCAUUCACCUCCAAGAGCAGGACUUGGAGAAGUCGAGACUGGUCCUGCACACCUAUGAGGUCCUGGGUGAAGACUUUGAGAACCUGGUGAAGGAGUACACUCAGCUUAGACUGGCAGCCGAGAACAAACGCUGGGCCCUCCAGGAAUUUAGCAAGGCCUACCACUGAGCUGAAUGUAGGCAGAACCAGGAAGCAUGGAUUCUCCGUGGCCACCUUCUCCUCCUGCUCAGUGGACCACCUCCACCACAGACAAUGGGGAAGCUUGCUCAACACACUGCAGCCUUCACAACCCCUCUGUUGUCGAUUCCUUGUUUGCAAUGACUGCGUCUCUUCUGGAAGUGUAGCUAUCAGAUUUAUAAAACUCUGUGGAUAUCUGUUUUGCAUCAGCCCUGUGUAAUAAUUUCCUGAAUAAAGUUGUAGUAUUAUGCCUUAGAA